CGCGAGGGACCAGGAAGUUGCCGCUCCGCCCGUGAACUGAAAUCCGAGGCCAAGCCCGCUUGAGCUGCUGUACCGCUCUUGUUUUCAGAAGCGACCCGCCCACAACAACAAGCUGUCGCUUCCUCUGUCGAAUUUGUCUGAUGGAGCAAAGGCACUCGGCGCGGCUCGGUGCAAAAAGGCAUCAAUGCGACCAGUGUGCAUACAGCACGGAUUAUAUUAGACAUUUGACACAGCACCAGAGAACUCACACAGGAGAGAAACCCUUUAAGUGCAGUGUGUGUGGGAAGGCGUUUUCAGAUUCAUCUACUCGUGUAAUACACCAGAGAACACACACGGGAGAGAAACCCUUCAAGUGCAGAGUGUGUGGGAAGGCGUUUGCAUGUUCAUCUAAUCUUGUAAAACACCAGAGAAUGCACACGGGAGAGAAACCCUUCAAGUGCAGAGUGUGUGGGAAGGCGUUUGCAGAGUCAUCUACUCUUGUAAUACACCAGAGAACACACACGGGAGAGAAACACUUCAAGUGCAGUGUGUGUGGGAGGGAGUUUGCACGUUCAUCUACUCUUGUAAUACACCAGAGAACACACAAGGGAGAGAAACCCUUCAAGUGCAGUGUGUGUGGGAAGGCGUUUUCAGAUUCAUCUGCUUUUAUAAAACACCAGAGAACACACACGGGAGAGAAACCCUUCAAGUGCAGUGUGUGUGGGAAGGCGUUUUCAGAUUCAUCUAGUCUUGUAAAACACCAGAGAACACACAUGGGAGAGAAACCGUUCAAGUGCACUGUGUGUGGGAAGGCGUUUUCAGAUUCAUCUGCUCUUAUAAAACACCAGAGAACACACACGGGAGAGAAACCCUUCAAGUGCAGUGUGUGUGGGAGGGCGUUUGCACGUUCAUCUGCUCUUGUAAUACACCAGAGAACACACACGGGAGAGAAACCCUUCAGGUGCAGUGUGUGUGGGAAGGCGUUUGCACAUUUAUAUACUCUUAUAACGCAUCAGAGAACUCACACGGGAGAGAAACCCUUUAAGUGCAGUGUGUGUGGGAAGGUGUUUUCACAGUCAGCUAAUCUUGUAGCACACCAGAGAACACACACGGGAGAGAAACCCUUUAAGUGCAGUGUGUGUGGGAAGGCGUUUUCACAGUCAGCUAAUCUUGUAGCACACCAGAGAACACACAUGGGAGAGAAACCCUUCAAGUGCAGUUUAUGCGGGAAGGCGUUUGCACAGUCAUCUGCUCUUGAAAGACACCAGAGAACACACACAGGAGAGAAACCCUUCAAGUGCAGUGUGUGUGGGAAGGCGUUUGCAUGUUCAUCAGAUCGUCAUUUACACCAGAGAACUCACACGGGAGAGAAACCCUUCAAGUGCAGUGUGUGUGGGAAGGCGUUUGCACGUUCAUCUGCUCUUCAUGCACACCAGAGAACACACACGGGAGAGAAUCCCUUCAAGUGCAGUGUGUGUGGGAAGGCAUUUGCACAGUCAUCAAAUCUUCAAAGACACCAGAAAACACACAAGCAUCAGAAGAUCCACAAGGAGUGGAGUCUGAAGGCAGCUUGCGAAAGUCAAAGUGCCGCAAUGAGCCCAUCCCUCAUCAAACAAGAACUGGAAGACAAUUCCAGCUUAGACUCUUUUAAAGGUAUAGAGGUGAAACGUGAAGAAGUGAUGGUUAAGAGUGAAGAAGUGAUGGUGAAGAGCGAAAAAGUGAAGGUAAAAUGUGAAGAUGAAGAUUCAACUCCAAAAUCGGACCUUCACAUCGAUGGAGGCAACGUGAAACAGGAGGAGAAUUUUGACUGUGAGGCAGAGCGAGGCAACUCCCAGCAGUUUGUGGAAGUGGAGGUAUGGGUGGACUUCCUCCGAGACAAUACAAAGUCAAAUGGAGACCCGGUAGAUAUGUAAGCCAGUGACGAUGUCGCUCCAAUAGACGCACUUUUGUGACAGGCUUUUAAUGACAAGAAUGAAGUUGAACACUCAAUUCCUAGGUUCAACCUGCAGAGUAAGAGCGGCCAGUCUGUGUGGACCUGUGUGUUGGGUAGAUCUCUAACCAGGAGCGAGAGCCAAUACGCUCCCAAGCAUUCGCUAUGUUAUCAAUUGCAUUUAUAUGGUGCUUGCUUAAUCGCCCCGGCAACUCGGAGUUCUAUAUUGUUUCUUGUCUCAAACACUCGAAGGGCAUCCCCAGGUAGCAGCUGCCCCUAUGUGGCACAAGGUGGUGGCCGUGCACCGGCCUGCAUGUGGACAAGAGCCUGUCAGUAGGGGGCGAUGGUUGAUAUGGCAUCUCAGUUGUGGAGUUUGUAGAUAAUAUUUUUAGAAUUUGCUACAUUUUGACCCAGAUGCCAGCAUGCAAUGGCCGACUCGUUUUGAAUGGUGCAUUAGUAUGUUGUACAUACACUGUUAAGCAGACGGUGUGUAUUUUUUUAAUUAGCUUCUUGUUAAUAGGAUGUAACCUAAUGCAGUAUAUUUCAGUGCAGUAAUUCAAUUUUGUUAAUAUGCCUGUCAAUAAGUUAGACUGAAUACUUGUCUGAUUGGGUUCGUACAUGUAACCUUUUGUCUAUAAGAGUCAAACACUGAAUAAGUGAUGUUAGGACACUGUGUGUUUUUUGAGUAACCUGUACAGAUUACUCAGGUGAGACUCAUUGUUCUUGUGAUACAGGUCAAAGGGUAUUUUUGUGUUUUCAGGAAGCAUCUCCCUCUGGAGCAACUCAUUGUGUUUGAAAUAGGGAGCAUACUCGGAUCAUUCAUCAGUUACAAGGCAUACCACUCAAAAGUUACACGUAGUGGAGAUACAUUUUCAACAACACAAAUUAAAAUGUUGUAUUCCGUGUUGACGUAGAUGUUGUCGAUUUAGGACGAGAAAUGGUCCUUGCUGAUUAACGUCUGGAUGUUCACAACCAUGGGUUGAAGCAAGCCUGACCGCCUGCGGCGUCCCUCAACCAUUUACGGCCUUGGGCCAGGAAAGUCACGAAAAAAAUUGUCCACGAACGACGCAU